CUCCGACCAACUUAGCGCUACGGAGUCCGGACGGUUGAUCUCAAUUCCUUCUCCCUCUCAUUAAUCCUCUCUAAUCCUUAAAAUUACAUCCUCUCUCAUUACAUCCUUCAGGAAACAAACACCUCCCAAACAAACCAGCCAAAAUGCCCCCCGACCGCCCCUCAAACUCCUCAUGCUGCACGGCUACACCCAAUCGGGGCCCCUCUUCCACGCCAAAUCGCGCGCCCUCAUCAAACACCUCACCAAGGCCUUCGCCCACCACGAAGUCGCCGCAAUCUACCCGACCGGCCCCCUGCGCCUCAACCCCGCCGAUAUCCCCGGCUACGAAGCCUCCGCGCCCACGGAGGGCGGCGAAGAAGCAGAAGCGCCCGAAGCCUACGGCUGGUUCCGGCGGUCCAACACCGCCAACCCGCCGCUCUACAUGGGGCUCGAGGACGGGCUGGCGGCCGUCGCGAAGGUGCUGCGAGAAGAGGGCCCGUUUGACGGGGUGAUUGGGUUUUCGCAGGGCGCGGCGAUGGCGGCGAUGGUGGCGGCGCUGUUGGAGACGGGGCGGAAAGAUGCAUUCGUGAAGGCGAAGGAGAGGAAGGAGCUGGGCGAGGGCGAGGGCGAGGUGUUUGCGUACCCGGCGCCGUUUGAGGGCCUGGCGCAUCCGCCGUUCAAGUUUGCGGUGUGUUAUAGUGGGUUUCGGUCGCCUGGGGCGCGGUACCGGGGGUUCUAUGAGGAGCCGGCGGUGCAGACGCCGGUGCUGCAUGUGUUGGGGACGCUGGAUGCCGUGGUCGAGGAGUCGAGGAGUCGGUCGUUGAUUGAGGCGUGCGUGGGGGAUCCGGAGGGCGAGGGGAAGGUGGUUUGGCAUCCUGGAGGUCACUUUUUGCCGAGUCAGAGGCCGUAUUUGGAUGCUGCGGUGCGGUUCAUUCGGGAGUCGGUGGAGGAGAAGCAAGGUAAGGCGGGCGAGGAAGAAGAAGAUGUGAAUGAUAUGGAUUUGCCGUUUUAGAGUUAGAUAUCCUUGCCUGUCUAGAUAGAGAUAGAAUGUAUGUGGCAUGCUCUUUGGUACCGUUACGUGGUGAUAUAAAGUUCGAGUCUUGAUAGAGCAUGCAGAAGC